UAUCUUUUAUUUUUUUAUUUCUUUUUAUUUUACAUCGAUAAGAAAAGUAAUAUAUCGGUGUAAGCAUUUACGAAAACUUUCAUCCCUAAUUAGAAAUUACAUCAAAUUAGAUCUCAAGUCAUCAUCUACUCGAAUAAUCAAAUACAUUUCAGAGUAAAACGAAGGAGAAUAUAAUCAGCAAUCGUAAUAUUUUCUAGAUCCUGACAUAUGUCCAGACUAUUCGAAUUUAAAUAAUUCAAUAGGUCUUUCGUCUUUACCGAUGAAUAGUCAGAUAAGAUGUCAAAAAAAAACUUUGCUAAAGAAAUUUUUUUGGACGUCAAAGCCUCUUGAUUUUCAUAAGUUCUGCUGUGGGGAUUAUGAAGAAGGCACAGUUUCUCUACGUGAGUUCGUAUAUACCAAUGACCAGAAAUAAGUGUAGUAGGUCUUGCAGUAUUCACACGAUCCCAAUGAUGUGUGUUGAGUUCCCAAGAUCUAGUUUUAUUAUACGUGAGUGAUGUUAACCGGGAAGUGGUGCACGACUUAAGUUCCUUCAUUACGCCAUUUUAGUUACUUCGAGUCCCGGCGAAUACCUUGUGAAAAACCUAACAUAUUUCUUGGUAAUCUUGGCGGUGUACAAACGACUCGAUCCUUUCAAGAAAUAUGGAUGAAUUACUACAAGAAGUUCAAGGACACUGGACCUUUUGCCGGUUUCUAUUGGUUUCAACGCCCUGGUGUAUUUCUUUUAGAUAUGGAACUUAUUAAAAAUGUGCUGAUUAAAGAUUUUAACAAUUUUACUAACCGUGGUUUUUAUACUAACAAAAAGGACGAUCCAUUAACUGGUAUAUUAUUCUUGUUAGAGGGACAUAGUUGGAAAUUUAUGCGUACCAAAAUUUCCCCUACAUUUACAUCCGGUAAAAUGAAAUUUAUGUUUCCAACGGUCAUUAGUGUAGGGCAAGAAUUUGUAAAAGUCUUUGGAGAAAUGUUACAGCAACAGGCAGUGAUAGAGGUCAAGGAGUUAUUGGCACGCUUUACCAUUGAUGUUAUAGGCAAUUGUGGUUUCGGUAUUGAUUGCUGCAGUUUGAGAGAUCCGAAAGCGGAGUUUUUAAUAAUGGGUAGAAAGUCACUAGUGGAGUUUCGUUAUGGCAGAAUUGGAUCAGCUUUUAAUAGUGCAUUUCCUAAUUUAGCACGAAAAUUUCAUAUGAAAAUAACGCCUGCUUAUAUUGAGGAAUUUUUCAUGCGUACUGUACGAGAGACAGUGGAAUAUCGGGAGAAGCACAAUAUCAGAAGAAAUGACUUUAUGGAUCUCUUGCUUGAUUUGAAAAAUAAUAAACUAGUAAAGUCUGAAAAUGAUGAUGAGCUCAGAAAUUUGACAUUUGAUGAACUCGUUGCACAAAUAUUUCUGUUCUUUGUGGCUGGUUUUGAAACUUCGUCUACAACAAUGGGAUUUGCACUCUAUGAAUUAGCUAAGCAUGAAGAAAUACAAGAACGUGUUCGAAAAGAAAUCUCAGAUGUACUUGACAAUUACAAACAGGAGUUAACAUAUGAGGCUAUAAAGGAUAUGACAUUUUUAAAUCAAGUCAUAUUGGAAACUUUGCGUCUUUAUACUGUCAUACCAGUGCUUAAUCGACAGUGUUUAAAUGAUUACGUUGUGCCUGGGCAUCCAAAUUAUGUUAUUAAAAAGGAUAUGCUUGUUUAUAUACCAGCUGGCGCAAUACAUCGUGAUCCAAAAUAUUAUCCAAAUCCUGAUGUAUUUAAUCCCGACAAUUUUACACCAGAGAAAGUCAAGGAAAGGGAGAGUGUACAUUAUUUAGCAUUUGGUGAUGGUCCAAGAAAUUGUGUGGGUAUGCGUUUUGGUCAAAUGCAAACUCGUAUUGGUUUAGCAUUACUUCUAAAGAAUUUCAGAUUUUCAGUUUGUUCAGAAACACAAAUCCCACUUAAAUAUAGUAAAAAGCAUUUUCUUUUGGCUACCGAGAGCGGUAUUUACCUCAAAGCUGAAAGAGUUUAGUCUUAGAUUUAUAUUAA